AUAAAUUUCAGUAGCAUUAUUGAUGUACAGCUUUAAACACCGAUUAGAACGCGAAAAUCCGUGACAAAAAAUAAAACAUAUUAAAUGGAUUUUAAUAAAAUUGAACAACAACAUGAAGACAAAUUGUUUAAACAGAAAUUUGGCUCCUUAUCUGUUAUAAGCAGUAGUAGUAGUGGAAGUGAAUCCCUUUGGCCAAUGUCUGCCGGUCAAUUGCCUAAAACACCCGGUGCUAUAGAUGAAAAUUCUUCGGAUGAUGUUUUGCCCAAUGAGAUAUCAGCACCCUAUGAAGUGCCUCUUCCUAUUGAGCAAAUCGAAAAGAAAUUGCAAAUUCAAAGACAGCUUAAUGUACGUGCCAUGACCGAUAAACACUCCGUACAGGGCGAUGUUACCGACGAUCCGGCAAUAAACUUUGUUGAGCAUGAGUUAAUACCAAAUUUUCAACGUGUCUCCAUCUCGGGAGAAGAUACCAGUGGUGUGCCAUUGGAGGAUUUAGAACGAGCUUCCACUUUAAUUAUACAGGCUCUAGAAAUGCGUUCACGUUACAUGUCCAUUUCGGAACAAUCAUUUCCCACAACAACGUUGCGUUUUUUGAAAACCGUACAUGAAAGUGAUCGUUUUAAUAAGAUCCAAUAUGAAGAUCGUAAAUCUAUAGCGGAAUUAAUCCGCAAGAUCAGUCUACCAAUGAUCCAUUUACCACCCAGAGAUCAUCCUAUUCAUCCACCAACGGAAACAAGUGAUCCCUGGGAUAUUGAAAUGCCUGCCGAUAAAUCAUAUUGCAUUAGGGCUGUUGAUGGUGUUUUUAAUGUGUUUCAAAAUGAGCAAUCCGAAGAGCCCAUGAUACAAAAUUAUCCUAAACUCAAAGAUUUUUGUAAUGACAUGCAAAUCAUGUGCAACAUGAUAGCAGAUGGACCAUUAAAAUCAUUUUGUUAUCGACGUUUAUGUUAUUUGUCAUCGAAAUUCCAAUUGCAUGUUCUACUCAACGAACUAAGAGAAUUGGCUUCGCAAAAGGCUGUGCCUCAUCGAGAUUUCUAUAACAUAAGAAAAGUCGAUACUCACAUACACGCCGCCUCGUGCAUGAAUCAAAAACAUUUAUUACGUUUCAUUAAGAAAACUCUCAAAAAUAGCGCCAACGAAGUGGUCACCGUUACCAAGGGUCAAGAGAUGACUUUGUCUCAGGUAUUUCAAUCGAUGAAUUUAACUACUUAUGAUCUGACAGUAGAUAUGCUGGAUGUACAUGCCGAUCGUAAUACGUUCCAUCGUUUUGAUAAAUUCAAUGCCAAAUAUAAUCCUAUUGGUGAGUCGCGUCUAAGAGAAGUCUUCCUGAAAACGGAUAAUUUUUUGAAUGGAAAAUAUUUUGCACAAAUUAUAAAGGAAGUGGCCUUUGAUUUGGAAGAAUCUAAAUAUCAAAAUGCCGAACUACGUUUGUCUAUUUAUGGCAAAUCCCGAGAUGAAUGGAAGAAAUUAGCCAAAUGGGCCAUUGAUUAUAAUGUUUAUUCAACAAAUAUACGCUGGCUUAUACAAAUACCCAGACUUUAUGAUAUUUUUAAAUCAAACAAACUAAUGACCUCAUUCCAAGACAUAUUGGACAAUAUAUUUUUGCCUUUAUUCGAGGCUACCAAAGAGCCUAGUAAACAUCCUGAACUACAUCGUUUCUUACACUAUGUUAUUGGUUUCGAUUCGGUAGAUGAUGAAUCGAAACCGGAGAAUCCUUUGUUUGAUGGUGAUAUUACUACGCCACCCAAAUGGACUGAUGACGAGAAUCCACCAUAUGCUUACUAUAUCUAUUAUAUGUAUGCAAAUAUGACAGUGUUGAAUCAGUUUAGAAAGGAACGCGGCCUAAAUACUUUUGUUUUACGUCCCCAUUGUGGUGAGGCAGGACCUGUGCAACAUUUAGUGUGUGGUUACUUAAUGGCUGAGAAUAUCUCUCAUGGUUUACUGUUGCGUAAAGUACCCGUUUUGCAGUAUUUAUAUUAUCUAACACAAAUCGGCAUAGCCAUGUCACCACUCUCCAAUAACUCGCUAUUUCUUAACUAUCAUCGUAAUCCAUUACCAGAAUAUUUGGCACGUGGUCUUAUAGUCUCGCUCUCCACAGAUGAUCCCUUACAAUUUCACUUCACCAAGGAACCUCUAAUGGAAGAAUACAGUAUUGCAGCUCAGGUAUGGAAACUGAGCUCAUGUGAUAUGUGUGAAUUGGCUCGUAACAGUGUCUUAAUGAGUGGUUUUCCUCACAAGAUGAAACAACAUUGGCUGGGACCAAACUAUACCCGCGAAGGUGUUGCUGGCAACGAUAUUACACGCACCAAUGUACCCGAUAUACGUGUGGCCUAUCGCUCCGAAACUCUACUCGAUGAAUUGUCUAACAUUUUCAAAGUUCAUCAACAUCCUUUGUCGGAUGUGGUAGAGGAGAGUCCUUAAAAUGUUUUGCGUUUUUGUCCUAUAACGGAAAUCAUGGUUGAAAUACUAAUAUUGAUGGCUUAUUCAAUAUUUAAAAACAAUUUUGUGUUUCUUUUCUGUUAAAUUAAGUGCGAAUUUAUUUGUGUAUUGCUUUUUGUAUAAGAUAUUCAAUUCAAGGAAAUGUUUAAUGGUAACACAAACUAUAACAAAACAAUAAUUAUAUAAAAAAAUGUAAUAUUUUUUAAAAAUAAUAAUAAAAUGUUAUAAAAAAUAUAUAUACUUAUUAACCAUU